AUGCUCGAACAGCUCGUCCACUUCUCGCCUCAGACACCACCAACACAAUGGAGUAUUCUCGCGGAGCGUGCUAUUCUUGCGGUUCUACCGGCCACCAGGUACGCAUCUCUUGAUGAUACAAGCUUGCCUCGUCACCCCCUCACACACGCACAGGCCCGUGACUGCCCUACCAAAGGACCUGCUAAGUGGUAUACGCAUAAAGGCGAGGGUCACAUGAGCCGAGACUGCUCCGAACCCCUCAAGGAGAACAAGUCCUGCUACAAGUGCGGCCAGCCCGGCCACAUCUCCCGCGACUGCCCUCUCGGCGGCGGCGCCGGCCAGGGUGGCCAGGGCCAGGCUACCGAAUGCUACAAGGCAAGUGGAGCGAGCAGAGCUGUCGAGCGACGGCAGGCUGACGACGAAGCAGCUGGAUUCGGCGGCGGCGCUCCCUACGGCGGCGGCGCUGGCGGUCCCGGCGGUUACGGCGGCGGCGCCGGCAAGACGUGCUACUCUUGCGGCGGCUACGGCCACAUGUCUCGCGAGUGCGUCAACGGCAUGAAGUGCUACAACUGUGGCGAGUCUGGCCACUACUCGCGCGACUGCCCCAAGGAGUCCGCCGGAGGCGAGAAGAUCUGCUACAAGUGCCAGCAGGGCGGCCACGUCCAGGCGCAGUGCCCCAACUAA